AAAUUUAAAACUAAUAUGGAGCAAGCUAAUUUAAAACGGCAGUUGGCACUAAAAUAUCCUGGCUUAUAUUUUGAGCAAAAAAAAGAUAAUGCCGUAGCUCUUCGUGGAGUUGUGCAUGUAAAUUCUAAAUGGAUACGAUUGAAACUCUAUUUACCACAUUUUCCAGAGCUGCGCGACUUUCACUUGAACCUACAGGAGCACUUGGAAUAUAAGCGCUAUACAACCGAAAAUAUACAGAUCAAGACGAACUGGCAACUUGAUGAUCUGCUACUGCAUAUUGCGCAGCUUAAACCCAAAGAACCUAUUUCGGAUGAUAUUUCAAAUCAACACAAAAGUAAUAUAUACACGGAGAUACUGGAUUUGCACAAUCCGCAAGAAUAUCGCCUGCAAUUGAAUGAUAGAUUCACGAGGAUUCGCUUCUGUGGUUUUAUCGAGCAUGAGGCACAUUAUUUGGAAUUGGAGUUGCCGUCGUUGCGUUUGAUAGCACACAGCCUACCCGAGUGCAUUCAACUGGAAGAUAUUUUGGAAAGUAACUCUCACUCUCUCACCGACAUCUUGCAUCUAUAUCUCAAGCUGUUGGAGGAAUUGCGCCCGUUCUAUGACAGUUUCUCAAGUAUUGAUGAGCUGUGCGACGUGCUGCAGCCGUGCCCAAUUACAACCAAGGAUAACACACGUGUGUUUCCACUUAAAGAGCGUGUAUAUCUCAAGCUAACUAUAGCCGAUCCAUUUGCCAGCUAUGCAUCCAUGGCCGUGCAAAUCAUAGGACCCACCGAGGAGGUGGUACAUUUACGGCACGUGCUGAGCGACGGGCUCGGCAAUUGGGAUAUUGAGCUGGACAUGCACAAGAAUCUCUUGCACAUAUUCGAUAUGUGUUACUUUCCUAUGCCCGCUGAGGAUGAGCUGAAGAAAGAUAAUGACGAACAGCAGCGUUGCAAUAUUUGUUUCGAGUAUCGACUGGACAACGGCGAGGUGCCUCUUGUCUCCUGUGAUAAUUCUCGCUGUGUGCUGAAAUGCCAUGCAUCGUGUCUGAAGGAAUGGUUCGAUACGCUAGUCGAAGGCAAAACAUUUCUUGAAGUAUCCUUUGGCCAGUGUCCGUUUUGCAAAGCAAAACUCUCCACAUCCUUUGCAGUGCUGCUCAAGAACUAA